GUGCUGCAUCAGAGAAUCAGUACCACCAACUUUCAAAGUUACCCCUUUUGAAUACACACUUUUCAUUUCUCCAUAAAUAAUGCGACCAUUGGCUUGUGUUAGACACUCUGAACCCACAAGUGCAUACACGAAAAUACUUGCACUUCGCUGGGGGUUAACUCUUUUUAGCCAACUUAAAGAGAGAAGAUGGUGAAAUUCACUAAGCAGUUUGAGGGCCAACUAAUUCCAGAAUGGAAAGAAGCUUUCGUUGAUUAUUGGCAACUGAAGAAAUAUGUUAAGAAAAUCCAUCGCGACUCCACUUCUCCUACAUCAAAACCGAUACAAAAGACCUCCUUAACCAAUAGCCUCUGUACCUCCAUACAGAAACUUUCAUUAUUUGGAAAUCUACGUCGAGAUAGAGAAUUCAUACAUGUUCACAGUAAAGUUGCAUGGACAUCUAAUAAGGGAGUUCUAUACCAAACAGAAUUGUUAGAGCAGUCUGAUCAUAAUGAAGCUGCUAGUGCAUUUUUCGCCCUUUUGGAUCUUCAGCUUAACAAAGUGAAUGAAUUUUACUUAGCGAAAGAAAAAGCAUUCCUUGACAGAGGGGAAUGCCUUGAGAAACAAUUACAUAUCCUUGUAGAGCUCAAAACCGCGCUAAAAGAUAAGCAGAAAAGUAAAGCUAAUUCAUCCCACCAUGGCUCCAAGGAUGAAGUCACUAUCUCUGGCAUUAUAUCUUGUGAUGAAGAAUCCAAUAGGGGCGUGACAGAUCAAACUUUGCCGGAUGAGGAAAUUAUAACAGAAGAUAUGGAAAAAAAUGACAUGCAAUCUAUUGUCUCACCAAGAUCAGAAGAAACGGAGGAAAAGAUAUCCAAAAUGGAGGGGCAGAGUCUUUCAGGUUCUAUUAGCAACUGCCAUGGAAAUAACUUGAAAAUUCGCAUUCCUCUAACCAACCCGACACGUGCAUUUUCUUAUCUACUUUGGGAAGAUUUGAUCAACCAGUCAUCCAAAAAACACAAUUGUCAUGGGAAAAAGCUUCACAUCAAUAAAACAAAGCUCCAUCAUGCGGAAAAAAUGAUCCGUGGAGCUCUCGUUGAGCUUUACAAAGGAUUAGGAUAUCUCAAAACUUACAGGAACUUGAACAUGCUUGCCUUUAUAAAGAUUUUGAAGAAAUUCGACAAAGUUACAAACAAACAAGUUCUUCCCAUUUACCUUAAAGUGGUCGAGAGCUCGUACUUCAACUGUUCGAACAAGAUUAUGAAAUUAGCAGAUGAAGUUGAGGAGAUUUUCGUGAAACAAUUUGCAGAAGAUGACCGAAGAAAGGCAAUGAAAUACUUGAAACCGACUCAGCGCAAAGAGUCUCAUAGUGUCACCUUUUUCAUUGGUCUAUUUACCGGAUGCUUCAUUGCGCUCCUUAUUGGGUAUGCCAUCAUAGCUCAUACCACCGGAACAUAUGGACCACAAAGUAAUACUGUCUACAUGGAAACCGUAUACCCUCUUCUUAGCAUGUUCAGCCUGUUAUUUUUGCACCUUUUCCUCUAUGGAUGUAACAUCUACAUGUGGAGGAAAAACCGUAUAAAUUAUAGCUUUAUCUUUGAGUUGUCGCCAAGAAAAGAACUCAAGUAUAGAGAUGUCUUCUUGAUUAGUACCUUGUCAAUGACAGUUGUAGUGGGGGUCCUUUUUGUUCACAUGUCACUGAUGGACAAAGGCUAUUCUUAUUCUCAAGUUGACUUAAUACCUGGUCUUCUGUUAUUGGCUUUUUUAGUGUUGCUUAUGUGUCCCAUCAACGUCGUUUACAAGUCAAGCCGCUACCGUCUACUUAGCGUACUUAGAAACAUAAUUUUAUCUCCUCUUUACAAGGUUGUCAUGCUGGAUUUCUUCAUGGCUGAUCAACUUUGUAGCCAGGUACCAAUGCUUAGGAACCUUGAAUAUGUAGGGUGCUACUACAUAACUGGGAGUUACAAAACUCAAGACUAUGGAUAUUGUGUUGGCACUAAAAAAUUCAGAGAUCUUGCCUAUGUAGUUUCCUUUCUCCCUUAUUACUGGCGAGCUAUGCAGUGUGCUCGGAGGUGGCUUGAUGAAGGUGACACAGGCCAUUUGAUUAACUUGGGGAAAUAUGCAUCUGCAAUGUUAGCAGCGGGGGCAAAAUUGGGAUAUGAACAAGAAAAGAGUGUGGGAUGGCUAUGUGUGGUGGUGAUAAUGUCAAGCAUCGCAACAGUGUACCAAUUGUAUUGGGACUUUGUAAAGGAUUGGGGUUUGCUACAGAUGAACUCUAAGAACCCAUGGUUAAGAAAUGAAUUGAUUCUGCGCCAGAAGUUCAUUUACUUCUUCUCCAUGGGGUUGAAUCUUGUUCUGAGACUAGCUUGGAUACAAACUGUCCUACAUUACAAUUUUGGAGGUGUCGAUUACAGAUUGACAGGGCUAUUUUUUGCGGCCCUUGAAGUCAUUAGAAGAGGCCACUGGAAUUUCUACAGGUUGGAGAAUGAGCAUCUGAAUAAUGCGGGCAAGUUUAGAGCAGUAAAGACGGUACCUCUUCCAUUCCAAGAAGUGCACGAGCAGGAUUGAUGAUCAAAUAUUCAUAUGCAAAUUCUCACCAAGAGUUGAUAGUAGAAUAGGAUUCGUCAACCGAGCAACUAAUGGUUCACAAGGGAACCUCCUAGCUUCACAAGUUGAGGCAUUAGGAUCUUAAUUUGUUCUUCUUUAGCUUUCUUGGGACAGGUUGUGCAUAGAGUUCAUAUAUGUACACAAAUCUAAGAUACCCUAUAUUUGGCUUCUUCACUGAUAGAUUUUUUAGCGUUGUACCAAUGAAUGCUCCGGUGUGUACCAUGAAAUUUAGUUGCAUUAUUGAAGUUUUUCUCUGUUUUCUUUCAAUGACAA